CACACUCAAACACACACCCUCCGCCCCCAUCGCUGCAGUGUCUCAACUGCCUUGGAGCAAGCAAGAGAGGAUACAGAAUACAGACGGUUAGAAGACAGAGGAAGAGGGCCGCUGAAAGAGACACACACAAACAGAGAGAGAGAAAUAGUGAGAGGCGUACUUUGUGUGUGCAGUGAAAAUGAGGACGGGAUGAAGAUGAAGCAGGGGCACUGAAAGUGGAUUGCACUGAGCCUUCUCUUUCCCUGCAAGGGCUUGUCUGCAGUAUCCUUUUGUAAACGGAUGCUUGCUAGAGAUCACGGCUUCCCAUCCUCUGGGAGAAAUCUAACAGAAGAAGAGGAGGAAACGUUUUUUUCACCUGGAUCAAACAAAACUGGCUAAAUAUUGUGCAUGGUCAGAACACUGCACAAGAGCCAUGAGGGAGGAGAGUGACUGGGAUUUCAUAUUCACAAGCAUCAAGUCCAAGUCUUUUCUCCGCUGACAUACAGUAACCUUUCCCCAGUCUUUCACCAGUGCUUUUCCUCAGGGGAAGCCCCUGCUAUGAACCCCAGCUCUGUUGGCUUCAGUAGGCAGUCCAUCCUCAGUGCCAGGGACUGUGUGGGCAUCCCACAAGUCUGGGUUCUGCCUACACAGAACUCACAGACUGCCCCUGAAGAAAAAGAAUGAAAUACUCCUGAGUCACUCCUGUAUGUGGUCCCUUUGCUGUCUCGUGUUAUCACUGAUUUCUUGUCUGGGUCCUUUCCUGAAUCCUUGCGCUUUACAGAAAUAAGUCUCCGGCUCCUCCACCACCACCUCCUAUUGAUCCACUUCUUCAUCAUAAUUUGCUUUCCCAUCCAGAGGCAGCACGAGUUCCUUUGUGCUAACGACGUGGUGGAGGACCAUGGGAUGCCGUCAGAGCUCGGAGGAGAAGGAAGCGGCUCGGCGCUCGAGGCGGAUCGACCGCCAUCUGCGCUCAGAGAGUCAGCGGCAACGGCGUGAGAUCAAGCUUCUCCUGCUGGGCACCAGCAACUCCGGAAAGAGCACCAUUGUUAAGCAGAUGAAAAUCAUUCACAGUGGUGGCUUUAACCUGGAAGCCUGCAAGGAGUACAAGCCUCUCAUCCUCUAUAACGCCAUCGACUCUCUCACCCGCAUAAUCCGAGCCCUCACCACUCUUAAGAUUGACUUUCACAAUCCUGAUCGCGCCUAUGACGCCGUUCAACUCUUUGCCCUCACAGGGCCAGCUGAGAGCAAAGGGGAGAUCACUCCAGAGCUGCUGGGGGUAAUGAAACGUCUGUGGGCGGAUGCAGGGGUCCAGGAGUGCUUUCAGCGCUCCAACGAGUAUCACUUAGAGGACAACACCUCCUACUACCUAAACGACCUGGACCGCAUCUCUGCAGCUGAGUACAUCCCCACUGUAGAGGACAUCUUGCGCUCCCGUGACAUGACCACAGGCAUUGUGGAGAACAAGUUCACCUUCAAGGAGCUCACCUUUAAGAUGGUGGAUGUGGGUGGACAGCGUUCGGAGAGAAAGAAGUGGAUUCACUGUUUUGAGGGCGUGACUGCAAUCAUAUUCUGUGUUGAGCUGAGUGGCUAUGAUCUAAAACUCUACGAGGACAACCAGACGAGCCGCAUGGCCGAGAGCUUGCGUCUGUUCGACUCCAUCUGCAACAACAACUGGUUCACCAACACAUCGCUCAUUCUCUUCCUCAACAAGAAGGACUUGCUGGCUGAGAAGAUUAAACGCAUUCCCUUGACAGUAUGCUUCCCAGACUACAAAGGCCAGAACACCUAUGAAGAGGCGGCCGUCUACGUGCAGCGGCAGUUCGAGGACCUCAACCGCAACAAGGAGACCAAGGAGAUCUAUUCACACUUCACCUGUGCCACCGACACCAGCAACAUCCAGUUUGUGUUCGAUGCUGUCACGGACGUGAUCAUCCAGAACAAUCUCAAGUAUAUUGGGCUAUGCUAGGACCUGACUCUGGAUGGGAGGUGGGUUUAGGUGGGUUUUUGCGGCGGGAGAAAUGCAGGCAGCUCAGAUCCAGUUGGCCCCCACCAGUGGGCAAUGUGUUAGUGUGUCUGCUUUCGAGGAUUUGCAGGAGAGAACUGCAGAUAAAAAUCUGUGUUAAGUUGGUCGGGUUGGACAUCGCUGUUGAGUCAACAGAGCUGCCGGGUCGUAGUUGAGGUGGGAAUUUUUACCCUAUGUGUUUGCACUGAAUUUAAGUAUGCAGAGACGCCACACAUAAACACACACAUACAUCUUUAUGGUUUGUCCACACACAAGGUAUUUGGGUCAACUCUCCUUUGACAGAGCGACACUGGAAAAUUCAAGACUACUCUUGUCAAACCUAAGAGUGAGAUCCAAGUGUGAACUGGCAGUUUUUUUCCCCCUUUCUAUUAUUUGCCUGAGUCAAUUAAUGCUGCGUUAUAAUAUAUAAUCUUUACAAAUCAAUGCUGUUUUUUUGGGGGGGGUCGGGGAGGAGACGGGAGUCUUCACAUUUUGGAUACAGUGAGUGUACCUGAUGAGCUGUAACCCUUCAAUCUCUGUUUCUGAAGGGGAAAAAAAAUCAGUUGAUAUGAUGUCACAGGGUUACUGUCAAAAAGGAAACUGCCACGACCUAAAAAAAAUAAAAAGGUGAAACUUGUUUUCAGCACACAGCAGUGCCUUGCAAAAGUUCAGCUGCCUCUUGAACUUUUCAACUUUUUUGUCACAUUGCAACCACAAACUACACAUGUAUGUCAUUAAGAUUUUGAGUGAUGGAUCAGCACAAAGCAGUGCAUAAUUGAGACAUGAAAGAAAAAAUAUGCUUGCUUUUCAACUUCGUGUGUUCAGCCCCAUUAUCUGGGAGACCUCCAAGUUAAUUAAAUAAAGUGAGAUAAGAAGUCAUUUGAGUAAUGAAUGUCAUAUACAAUUGUUUUAUUUAUCCCAUUGGUCAGACAUUUCUUAUUCUACUAAUCAGUUCAGCUAAUAACUAUCAGACAGCCAUUGACAUUUCACUCUCACUUAGUCAGUUGGUCCUAAAAUAUUAAACAUUUUAUAUGUAAGUUAAAAUAGAACAUGCUAGCAGAACACUGUGAAUUACACAUCAUUGAUCCCAGUACAGAUGCACUAUUCUUAACUCAACUGCACCAAAAGCAUGACAUACUUUAGAUGUGACAUGAUUCGAUGUUCCACUGUAACCCGCAUAAUUUUGUAGACAUAGCAUGUAUAGAAAAAUAGCAAACAGAGUGAUCUAGCUUUAAAGAACUUUGGUGAACACACGGCAUCGCAAAGACCAAAGAACAAAUUGGACAGAUUAGGCAGAAAGUUAAAAGAACAAUAUCUGUUGAAAGAACAUUUGUCAGAGGAUGCAAAGACUCUGGUAACAACAUCUAGAGAAAGUGCCCCAAAACAAAAGCUUACAUCGACGCAUAUUUGUCUUUCAUAUAUUCCCAAAGUCCAGACCAAAAUUCAAUUAAGAUUCUUUAGCACAGCUUCACAAUUUUCAUCCUGUCGAAUGAAGCUUUAAUUAUUUUUGCAAAGAAGUGGCAAAAACAAACAAAAAAAAAGAAAUUUUGUGAAGUUUAGAAAGUGACUUUAGGUUCAAAAUGCAACAGCUGAAACUGGUUCUAAAAGUAAUGGCCUCAGAAGUUAACAUACUUUUGCAAUUGUUUGCAUCCAAUUUUAUUUAGUGGUGUCAGCGUAAAGGGGGUGAAUAUAAAUUCAAGUCACACUUUUCAGAAGUCGGUUUGUAAAAUUUGAGAACCACCAACAUUAUUAGGCACUGCUUUGUCUUGUUUUGUCAAACAAAAUCCUAAUAAAGCACACAAUUGUGGCUGCAAGUGAAAGAAAUGUGAAGCACAGGAGGUAAAAACACAUUUGCAAGGCACCUUAUUUCUUUUCUUUUCUCUGGUUGAACCUCUUAUGUCCUUUUUCCUCCCUCAUCUUUUUUCAGUAUUUAUGUGCUUUAAAAAUAAAAAAAAGUAUCUCAUACUUGCUCAUUAUGGCAGGUCACUGACUUAAAAUACCUGAGGUAUGUUACACUCAGAAAAGUAAAAAUCAUGUUUAUAACCAUUCCAAGAGUCCAGCAAGAGACAACAAAAACCGUGCCAAGAUCAGUUUGUAAAUAAAACCAGAUCCCAUACUUUUUUUGUUUUUAUUUUUUUGUUUUGUUUUUAUGGGAAAUACAUUAAAACAUGCAUGAUUUUGUUACUUUGGGAUACUAAUAUAUAUUUUCUUUGGGAUUAUGUUUCUUUUUUUCCUCGGGUUUGAAUAAUAUAUUCCCAAAAAAUAUAUAUAAAAGUCAAACACUGUGUACGAUUGUACAGUUCUCAGAGAGGAAUCUAUUGAAAAAGAGAUAUAUGAAUAUAGAAAUGCUGAGAAAAAUGUUAUGUUGAUGACUAAGAAGAUUAGAUCGAUGUAAUGACAAGAAAACACUCUCUUUAAGGUCAUUAUGUGAGGACAAAGUGGAUCAAAGAAGAACAAGAAUUUAAAACAUCAUAAACUAAUUCUUGAAAGUUCAACCUUCCUUACGUUAUCUAAGUGGAAAUUGUGAGUCGCUAUGAUGUAAAUAUACUGUAAGGUACACUCUUUGUUCAAACAAGUGAAAAUAAAGGUUGAGUUGGGAUACUGUCAGUGACAUAAAGAGAGAGCGAGAGACAGAAGAGGAAGAUCCCUCUCCACUCUUCCCUCUAUCUUUUCAGCUCAGAGAACAACUCAGUCAAGGGCUUCGAGCUUGGCUUUACAGGAUGUCCACUUCAACAAAAAUCUGAAAAAAAAAUUAACAAAAAAACAAAAAACAAAAACAAUGAGAUACAAAAUAUAAAAGGACAAUAACUAUGAAUAAAACAACUUAUGCAAAUUUC